CCCUCCAGAAUGCUGGGCUCUGACUGGCCAACCCGUGUAAGUUGACAUCCAGACGCCCGGGCUAGAAGAUUAUUAUCGACCGUCGCUGCAGGGGCUCAUUGCUCCGGCUUCCCAAGGUGCACUCCGACCUGAGCGUCUCGACGAAUAAUGGCUCAGUUCGUUCAAUCGAUGCGGCUCAACAAUGGCCUUGACUCCGCGCUGCUCUUGGGUCCCAGUGACCCAUCCAGUGUACCGCCCUCCCAAGCCAAUACAUAACCAUGGCGUCCCCAGCUGAAAUUGGAAUGCAUCUGGCCUUCGUGGUUAUAAAGCGGCGACUUCCUUCCCUGCUGGCAUACUUUUGAUACCCUGAAAAAGAAAGCCUCGUCGCAGCUUAUGAAUCAUGGCCCACUUCCCAACCUUUGCAGACUUCCCGCAUAUGUCCUCCGAGGACCAUCUACCCCAGGAUUAUGAGCUGUUUCCCAGUCAGUACGAGCCUUACACGGACCCCACGAUGAUUCAACGCCCCUCGGACUUCCAACUUCACCUCUCCCCAGCCGACCUUUCAAUGAAGAGCGCCUACAUCGCCCCCUCGAUGUCGUGGUCAGCCGAGCCGAUCUUGUCGCAUACCACCGGUUCAUUGACAGCUCCAUCUGGCUUCAACUCUCCCUGGAGCAGUGAUCUCAUCUCCACCCCAGGACCGGACAGUCCCACCAGCGGUAGCUUUAGCAAUGCCAACAUGGGCUGUUAUAUGUCCCCUCCGUACACCUGCGAUGAUGCCGUACUUCCGCAAUCAGGCUUCUCCUCCCCCGCCUCUCUGACCGACGUCGACAGUCUCGUGGUGCCUUCCCAGCUGUAUCCCGACCCCGAUCCCAUGGUGAAGCUUGAGACGGAGUCAGACAAUGCCAUGAGCAGAGCUUUCGGCUACAAUAGCCCCCCUCAGCACGAUGAGUUCGAUACUACCUGUGACGUUCGAAGCUGCCAAUACCCAGACACAACCAGUCAGCAAGACACCUGCUGCCCGCCCAGUUCUCAGUCCAAGCCACAGCAACUAUCCAAGCCUAAUAUUGGCCGCAUAGUCAAACGACCUCGUAAACCCUCCACGAAGGCGAGGACCACCUCGGCGGCCCGAGCCAAUACCAAGACCGGCAGUAAGAAGGACGGUGCAGUGGCUGGCCGAGGUUUUAUCUGCAGUUUCUCCCACUAUGGAUGCCAGAGCACAUUUGUUUCGAAGAAUGAGUGGAAGCGCCAUGUGACCUCGCAGCACAUCCAACCGGGGUUCUACCGUUGCGACGUUGGGCGCUGCAGUCUUGACAAUCUCAGCAAGAACAAGAGCCUAAACUCAAGCAGUUAUGUCUCGUACAACGAAACGCAUCUGGUGAACGACUUCAACCGCAAGGAUCUCUUCACCCAACAUCAACGCCGCAUGCAUGCCCCCUGGAUCGGUCGCAACUGCAAAUAUGCCGAAAACGACAAAGAGAAAGAUGAAUUCGAGCAGAGCCUUGAAGCAGUCCGGGCUCGCUGCUGGCAUGAGCAACGCAAGCCGCCUUCCGAGAGCCGCUGUGGCUUUUGCGGGCAACAUUUUACGGGGGCGCGGAGCUGGAACGACCGCAUGGAGCAUGUCGGUCGUCAUUACGAGAAAGGCGACGCCCAAUACGAAGCAGAAGAUACAUUGCUGCGUCAAUGGGCAGUGGAGGAGGACCUCAUCCGUCAGGUGGACGGAGAGUGGAAGUUGACCGCCCUUUGCGAGAAGUAAAGGCCGCCCACCCCGCCUUCCUCUUUCUUUGUUUCCCUCCCACGCAUCCACGAUUUUCCUUGUCACGGCCUCUCUUCUUCUUUUCUAGUUCCUUUCCUUUGUUGACCCCCGUACUUCUUUCUAAUACUGCCUCCCUAUCCUACCCCAUGGAUUCUGCGCAGAGAGACACGCAGAACGAACUGAUGAUGAUUGAUGACCGAUAUCCUGUAUUCAACUAACUAUGCUGCUUUGUGACAUUUUUACCCUUUGGACAUUCGAGGUUCCCCGGAUUUUGCACAAUACCCCCCCACUAUACUACUACUUACUUACAUUUGAGAGAAAGGAGCUACUGAGCAACAUGGAUUUGGUUUCCGGCAUUAUUCGAGCACCUGGAGUUUUCCUCACUACUAAAUAGACAAUACGAUUUUACCAUAUUACUAC